AUGAUGUAAAAAUCAUCUAAUACUCAACAAUUAAUAAAGGAAGGGUAACAAAAUAUCUCUUUGAAAAAGUUAGUAGAAUUUACACAUUAUGAAACCAUUUUCAAAUUUUUAUUCUUUUUUGUCGUAAGUAAUUGUUCAUCUGUUAACUUAUUUAGUUUUUAUUUCCCUAUAUAGUUAUGAUAUCAUAAAAUUUUAGUAAUUCCUUUAAGAAAAGAACUUCAGAAGAUUUGAUUGGAGAAAUAUUAAAUGGCUUUUAGUUGGUUUGAUUUUGAUACAUGUAUAUAACGCUAUCUUAAUAAUAGAUUACAAAAGAUAUAAAUAAGAGGUUUGUGACAGAUUAUGUGGAAAGAUAAUUAGAUUCAAAAUAUAUAGGAAUUGAUCGAUAAUUGAGAGUACAAAAAAUAGCUAAAUGGAUUUAUGACACAGUAUACUACACAUGUGCAACUCUCUUUGCAUUUUUUACAUUUAAAAAUGAAAAAUGGUUUCCUACAGAACUUGGAGGAUCUAAUUUUAAAGAGACUUUAUAUGAUUUUCCUAAUAUCCCUGAAGUACAAUUAUACGUUAGUAUUUUAUUAGAAUCCUUGGGUUCCCAUAUAUUAUAUGAUUUAAGCAUCUAGUCAUGUUCAUGCCUUAUUGUUACUUAUGUUUUAUGGUACUAAGAUAGAACUAAAGUAUUGGGAAUAUUUAUUGCAUCAUUCACUUGCUGUUAGUUUACUUUACUUUUCAACAAUGUAUAAUUGUGAGAAUAUUGGAAUUGUUGUUUUAUUACUCCAUGAUAUUAGUGAUAUAUUCUUGGCCUUAGGAAGAACUUAUGGAGAUCUUGGUAAAAGUAAGAUUUUAGUUUAUAUUGGAUUUUCAUCAAUAUAAAUAUCUUGGUUGUAUACAAGAAUAUAUGUGUUUCCAAUUAAGAUAAAUGAUUGUUUAGUCAAUCAUCCAUAAUUUUUGCCAUAUUGGUAAAAUUUUGAAAGUAUUUUAGGGAACAAACAAAAAAUGCCUAUUAUAAUUAAAUUGGACUGAUGGUAUUACUGUUUGGUAUGCAUAUUUAUUGGACAAUAUUUAUGAUUAAAGUAGGAUUGGGCAUUUUCUCAUCGGGUCGUUAUAAAAAUAUUUACGAUAAUAGAGAAAAUAAGUUGGAUCAUAAGAAAGAGAAUUGA